GCAGGGAGUCCCUUUCUGAUUGGUGUGUAUUUGGCUCCAUAUUUGGGCAUCGUCUUCAUUGGCCUCCGAAUUCAAAAUGGCAGAAAACAAGGAAAGUAAAAGCGGUUACGAUGUUGGUUUUUUCUAUUAUGAUUGGGCUCUAUCCCGAUACAGAUGGAUGGAUGGUAAUUGUUUUACUAAAGUAAGUGGCUUUGAGCCUGUCAAGAACAUGGCUUGUUCUUCGUCUGAAGUCAAAGCACAGAAGGAGAUGGUGAAAGAUGAUCCUCAAUCAUCAGGUUCUCAAGAUAAUCAAUCUCUUGAGAGGAAAGAACCUAUAGGUGCAGAAAUGAAGAAGCCAUUACAAGACAAAGAUGUUAAUCAGUUACCUCCAAGAAGCAGGAUAUCCUUUAGAAGACAUUCCCAAGAGGAUUUACAUACUCAAGUUAUUAUAUCAAGAAAAGGAGCAACAGUUGUUAAAAGUCAAAGUCUGUGCUCCUUACAACCACAAAAUGAGGCUCAAGAGAUUGAAAGAGGUCAUGGCACCAUGAUCAAUGUCUUACAAACAAGACUGCUCAGGUUACGGGCUGCACAAACACUCUGGCAUAAGGACACAAAUGCUUUAAUUGAGUAUCUUCUACGACUGAAAGAUGACUCUGUCGUGGUUGACAUUAUGCCAUUUCUAACAAGCAGAGUACGUGAGGUAUCACCUGAAGGGCAUGCCUUGUCCAUGGGAGCCUGUUUGGAAAUGUUACCAGCACUUGAAAGACUCUUAACAUCUAAAUUUGAAGAUUACAUUAUUGCUGGACUGAACAUGAUCAGGGAGAUGAUUAAACGUUGGUGGAUGCAGUUAAAAGCUGCAACAAAUAAAGGUAUUGAACCAGAGUGGCAGAGAUGUAGCAGGAGUGUGAGUGGCUUGUAUAUGGCAAUAGUUUCUCUAUCCACCAUUAUCGUCAAACUAUCCAAGAGGAAGGGACGAGUGGGUGAGAAAGCCCUUAUGAAAGCUGGUAGAGGUAUUUAUGACUGUGGUGAUGUAUCGGUCACAACAGCACGGUCGGUGAGAUCAAAGAAUUGAUACAAGAAAGCCAGAAAGUGGGAUCGUGUUAACUUAGCAUAUGAUGGAAAUUAAGCUCGUGGCUUUUUCUCUUGGCAAGAGAAUUUGGUGUUUUCUACUCACUUUCUCUCCUUGUGGAGUCGAAGGUAAGCUUAAGUUCUUGUUAAGUUUUGGUUUCAUUCUUUCGUCAUUGUUUUAUUUUGUAUACACGCAUUGAAAUUCUGCCUGUGUUAGUAUCGAACAGAAGUUCGAAAUUUGUAAGCUUAUUUAGAAUACUUCAAGUGAGAAAUUUGAAUUACCUUAUCUUUUAGUUUUGCUGUCGUUCACACUUCAUUUCUUUUGUAUUCCAUGCAGUUCGACCAGAGGGAAAAUUUCUUCAGAGAUGGUAUGCAAGUCAACCUACAUGUACGAUCGAGUAAAUAUACUCCUAAAUAUUUUAGUGAUCAUGGAUGGACAAGUCCAAGAGACUGUGUAGAUCUACUUUUUGCAAGAGAGAGAUGCUGUCCAAUUGUGUCAAACAUAAGCUAGACGCAUGAUGGCUGUGAUGUAGAUUUUUUUUUACUUCAAGAAAUGAGAGAUUUAAACAAAUUGAAAAUAUGAAUUAUGGAGAAGAGAUUGCUUGUAGAAUUACUGUCUUAGUUAAAAAGGCAAAUUAACAUAAUGAACUUGAUACCUGUCAACAUAAGUAUGUUCUGUAAUCAUUGCAAAAAUCUGUUAGAAGAGAGGUAUCUGCAAUCCUUUUGAAUAUUACUGCACUGCUAGUGAGAUUAGCCGAACAAUUACCAAGAUAUAUAGGAAUAAAUUACCGUGAUUUAUGUUUCCAAGAAAGAGAAUUGUUAUUUUACCUGCAUACACUACAAUAUGUAGUACCCUUAUUAUUGAUUGCACCAAGCUAGGGGGGGGGGGGGGUUCUCCCUAUAGUUGACUAAAGGUGCCCUUUUUUCAGGCUGGAGAUAUUAUAAGACUCAACAGGACAGGGAUUUCAAACAUGAAUUGAUUAUUUAUCCAAGAAAUAAGACAUAGUGGGGCCACAUUAGGUUUGUGAAAGGGGUUUCAAGCUAGGAGCUACAUGUAUAUGAAAGAGAAGCCUUUCCUGUCAAAAACACUAUGUAAAAUGGAUAGGGUUUUUACCUUGGGGCAGAGCAUCCUGGUAUAAAAGUUUGUUACUUCCCUUCCACCUCCCCAUGGACAUAGUUAUAUAGCAAAAAAACUUAGAAAUUGUAAAUAAAAACAUCCCCUUCACUGUGGGUUCAAGAUUGAAACAAAACUGUCUGAAAUUCUAAUAAUAUUGAAGGAAAUACUUUUCUUUCUAUAGAUUUCCCAUUUACCAGCAAGCUAAAAUCAAAUUGUUUAUAUUUGACAUAGCUUAAAGUAAACAAGAUUUUGCCAAUAUCCUUGUCUCACUUAAGUGAAAUUCGGGCAAAAUACUCUUGACAGUCUUGGCAUUCUCAAGUUGAUUGUCUAAAAGAAAUGUUAAAAUCAUGUGUUACAAUUUUUGCACAAUUGUUAUACUCAGUUGUUUCGUAAUGUUAACUGAACAAGGAUCAUAACCAAUUUACCUUGACCCAAAAUGUACUGCCGACUCCCUAAUAUUAUACAUAUAUUAUAACAAACGUCAGUGGCUAGGUGUCAAUUUUGGACUGAGUGGUGAAUAUUGUGAAAUCUCAUUUAAUGAUUUCAUUUUGAAACACUGUUGUUAUUCUUUGACACUACAUCAUGUCAUG